AUGUCCGCCGAAGCACACGCCGACACCAACGGCAAGGCCCCCGCCCAGCCUUCCGGCUCUCACCACCAUCAGACUGGAUUAGUCCAUGUUCAACCCGCGCGUCUGGGUGAUUUGCAGCCCAAGUAUGCGCAGAGACUGGAGCAUAAUGAUGACAAUCCCGAUGCCCACGGCUGGUAUGCUGGAAUGAUCCAUUCGCUCGGUGAAUGUAUCGGAUUUCUGGGUGCUAUUCCCUGCUGCUUCUGCUGCCCUAACCCCUUCAAGCCCGUUGCUCAGGGCGAGGUCGGCCUGGUGUCGAAAUUCGGACGAUUCGAGCGGGCUGUCGAUCCAGGUCUGGUUAAGGUCAACCCCCUGAGUGAGCACCUGAACACCGUGGAUGUCAAAAUCCAGAUCGUCGAAGUGCCCCGCCAGGUCUGCAUGACCAAGGACAACGUCACCCUGAACUUGACCUCCGUCAUCUACUACCAGAUUAUCUCCCCCCACAAGGCGGCGUUCGGUAUCUCCAACGUGCGCCAGGCCUUGGUGGAGCGCACUCAAACAACUCUGCGCCAUGUCAUCGGUGCUAGAGUGCUGCAGGACGUGAUUGAGCGCCGCGAGGAGAUCGCCCAGUCGACAGCCGAGAUCAUCGAAGACGUGGCGGCUGGCUGGGGUGUCCAGGUCGAGUCCAUGCUCAUCAAGGACAUCAUCUUCAGCGACGACCUGCAGGAUUCGCUGUCCAUGGCUGCGCAGUCCAAGCGGAUCGGUGAGAGUAAGGUUAUUGCUGCGCGCGCCGAGGUUGAAUCCGCCAAAUUGAUGCGACAGGCUGCCGAUAUUCUCUCUUCCGCACCUGCCAUGCAGAUCCGGUACCUCGAGGCCAUGCAAUCCAUGGCCAAGACCGCUAACAGCAAGGUCAUUUUCCUGCCUGCUAUGAACCAGACGGUGCAGCAACAGCUAUCGGCUGCCGAAAGUGCCGGUGAAGGUCCCAGCCGUUACGGAUCAGGGCCUGGUGCUGGAUCGGGACAGGCAGACGAUGGAUUCCAGCGUGCCGUGAACGCACGAGUGGUCGAGGAUAUUUGA